UUUUGGUGGAAUAAAACAGGUCAUGGAAAAGGUAUAUACCUGAUCAAUUGGGAUAUUGUUGCUGCUCCCAAACAUAAGGGAGGUCUUAAUAUAAGAAAAUAUGGUGAAGUAAGUGUUUAUGGUUCUUGGAGACGGAUUCCAGAGGGUCUGGAUAUAGUGAAAAAACACCACUGUUGGAAAUUAACUAAUAGUGAAAAGGUCCACAUUUGGACUGACAUUUGGGCACCAGAUAUUGAUAUGCAGAAACGGGUGAGAUUGGUCAGCUGUAUACUAUGGCGUAUUUGGAAAUUAAGAUGCGCAAUAGUUUAUGAUAAUUUUCAAUUUAUACCUACUGUGCAUAUUAAUUCCAUUAAAAUGUUCGUAUCUGAGUGGGAAAGUUCCAGGAAUGUCACUCAUGAUUCUAAUCAAGUGAUGCAGGAACAAAAAUGGAGUCCUCGAAAGGAGAAUGAUUUGAAAGUGAAUUUUGAUGUAUCCUUUAUAAAUGAAAAUUCUCCAAUUGGCAUAGGACUGAUUCUUCAUAAUUUUGCAGGGUGUUUCAUGGGAGCAAGAGGAGAAACAUCAACAAUAAUAAAUUUUGAACAAGGGAAAGCAGUAGCAGCAAUGGAAGCUAUAAAUUGGGCAAAAGCAAAGGAGGUUCUUAACCUUCGUCUAUAAGGAGAUAAUAAAAAUAUAGUAGCAGCAAUAAAUGGAUCUGUAGGCAGUAUCUAAUGGAAAACUUAUAGUAUAGUCCAAGAAUGCAGACAUUUACCAAAACAAUUUAGAAUUUGGUUUUGUUCCCAUGUUAAAAGGAUGCUAAUGGAGUAGCAGAUGUAAUGGCAAAAAAUGCCAGAGUUAAUGGUGCUUCAAUGUGGAACUCAGUUCCACCAGUUUUCCUUCUUAACAGCAUAGAGAAGGAUCAACAUUGUAACUUAUUUAACUACUCUUAUAAUUUUUCAUUUCAUAGCGAAAAAAAAA